UGAUCCGCUGAUCUCCGAGGCAGUGGCUAACGCGAUAUUCGACGACUUCAGCGUUAUCGGUUCCAGUGACGGUGUGUCUUGUGCGUAACGCAUGGUACGUUAGCGGUGUGCUCCCAUUAGUUAUCUAGUGAAAUUUUGCCCGAAAAAACAAGUGCUCGUUUGGAUUUAAAUGGAUUAAACGUCACCGCUCCGCCAGCAUGUUCUUUUUUACGGUGGUAACAACAGUGCUGGUUGUCUCGUUGGUUGGAGGUGGGCGAACAGAGGAAGAUCAAACUGAAGUAGCGAUUCUGAAGCAAGUAAACCGAGUCAACGAUGAUGGCUCCUACACUUUUGGCUACGAGGCGGCUGACGGCAGCUUCAAAAUCGAAACACGGGACGUGCGAGGCAAUGUUAAAGGGAUGUUCGGCUACGUAGACUCAUCGGGCGACCUGAAGAAGGUCUCGUACUCCUCAUCGAACAACACAGGGUUCGUGCAGACGGCCGAGACGACAGGCGCCUCCUCGGCCGAGCGAGAGGCGCUGCUCUCGAGUUUUGGGGCGGCGACAGUGGCGCCCUCUCGCUCCCCCCUGGCAGAUCCCUCGGAGCGACGCCCCAUCCUCGUCCUCCGGGACUCGGCCCUGGUGGCACCGACCAAGGGCUCCUUCAUCCAGUACAUCCCCAAGAAGUCCGACCUCCAGUUCGGGGCUCGCGAGUUCACCACCGCCUCCCCCGCCUACGAGACCUCCUCCGUUCAGAACGAGGUCGAGGGCGGUCACAAUGAGGACCUCUUCGUCAACCCGGAUUUGGAGGAUGACAAGCGAUUCAAGAGCCCACCGGUACCGGUUGUCUACCCGCGGAAGAUCGUGGUGACGCGGCGACCGGUUGACGACGCCCCCCGGGGCGGUAGCUCCCUCCGGCGGCAGCUGAGUCGCCGCCUGAACGAGCGCGAGGAGGACGGGCCCCACGUCUACGGCAACGAGCACAUGAACGCCUACUACGACAAGCACAUGGACGCCAGCACGGCCAUCCAGGAGAACGCCCACGCCGAGCGAGCCACCGAGGAACUCCGCUACGAGCUCCUCGAGCCCCGAACCCGCGAGAACCGCGCCGGCUACAUCACCGCCGACGACAUCGACCGCACCAUCGUCUACCGCAACCCGCCAACACCCCCCGCCUACCCCACCGCCGCCAUCCCUUACCGACCUCGACCCCCGAUCCCGGAGCCCGAGGACUACCGCCCUAACUACCCCGUCACCCCAGCACCUCCACCACCACCGCCCCCACCCGCCGCCACACCCUACCCCACGACCAUCGUCCAGUCACUGCGAGACGAGCUCAUGGAGUUCAUCAUGCACUACGUCCACCGUAGACUCAACCCCUACUUCCAGGACUACCCCGCCCCCUACCAGGCCUACUACCGCCCACCGCCGGUCCCUUACCCUUACUCUAACUACCCGCAAAGAUACCCACCUCCACCCCCGCCGCCUUACCCGCCCUUCUUAGCCACGCCGGGGGUUGGUCCUUACGGCGUUAUACCCCAGCUGUCUCCGAACGUUCAGUACUCGUCACAGUCUUCGGCGGGUGCGGACGGUGCCGACGCGACACCCCAGGCGGUUCGGGCGUUGAGGGCGCGGUCUGGACAGGUGAGGCGACCCUAUGUCCCGGCCGCCCUGCGGGAGGCGCGGGAGCAAAGGGAGCAGCGACGGCAGCAGAAGUUCUACGCGUCGACGGCGGCCGGCAGGGAUAGCUCGACGAUCCAAGUCGCGGCCUCCAGCACCUCCACGACGACAGUGGCGCCCCCUAGCAGCACGCCCGUGAGGAAUCUCUUGAUCCUCGGCACGAGCCCCUCGACUGCUGUCGGGGAUCUGAGGCCGGUCACCGAGGCGCCUGAUGAGAUGGAAGCCACCAGUUAAUAUGGGUUCGCUUUGGUUGGGAUGUUGCCAUAGACGAGGAGAGACCCUCUACUGGCCUCCUGACGAUAGAUGGAAACUUUUACUUAAGGGGGGUCAACACUUUUUUAUGGACAAUGAGACAGGAGCAACGGUCAUCAUCCUUUUUUCGGCUGCUGACAUAUCUAAUGGGUGAAUGAUGAACUUUGAGUGAUGUUAUGAGAGUGUGCCGAACAAGUUUGCCAAACCACGGUAUGUUUGCGAAAUGAAAUAACCAACACGUUGUUCAAGAUCCACCUAGUGGGUACAUAAGUCAACAGUUGAAUGUAGACGUCCCGAAAGUAAAAGCUUUCACCAUUACCAUAGCAACGAAGGAUCUAUUUUUGCCUUGGAGGCCAUAGAAAAGGAGAGGUAGGUGGCGGCUGUUCGAGACAGCACCCUUGCGAUAUCUAAAAAAGAAAUAUGCACCUCUUGACGUGAUAAAUUCGCUCCAUCCUCACCUUGCCUCUCUUUUCUAAGAGCCAGUUUUAUCACCUCUUCCAGUUAGCAUUAAACAUGUACUGUGCGGGCUGAUUGUUGAAAUUGAUAGACAAAGCGAUCGACAAAGAAGACAUAGGGACACAGAGAUAUAGGGAUUGCAGAGCGAUCCCAUUGGUUGAAAUGGUUGGUUCCAAUAGAUUAAGGGAGAAAAUGGACUAACUACAGGGUCUCUCGUAGGCUGCCUUAAGUAGUCUACAUAUAAUAUACCAUCUUUAUCCAUUGCUACCACCCUCUUCCACCAGUAGGAUCUUAUCCCAUUUGUCUUCUUUGUCCAUAGCUUUGUCCAUCAAUUUAAAAAAUCAGCCAGCUGGUAUUUGUUAAUACAAUCCAUCUUACUAAUUUCAUUUAUAGAGUAGAACCAAAAUUAGUAUUAAAGCUCGGAGGGAAACUGUUUAAGGUUUUUUCUUGCGAAGAAUAUUUAAGUUUCGCUCAACUAGAGGACUUCAAAAAAGGGGUGAUAGAGCUGGCUAUUAGGGUACUUAAAGUUUAGUGAAUAUUAUUACCAUCUAAAUGUUGAACCUAGCAGCUCAAUAUUUCCUCUGAAAUUGUCAAGACUGGCCGUUUUGAAAAGUUGAAGAAUUCAAAAUAGUCAAAGUAGAGGUUUUUAAAAAACAGCUAAAUACUGACUGAUACGUAUUUUGCAGGUAAAUGUUUAUCCCUUGGGAUUAAAAAACCGAAAGGAGCGGAGUAAUGUGGUAAACUAGUGAUUUUUUUUUGCAUUUUUAGAGUGACAGGGACGUGCGUUUUAAGUCAACUACUCGAAUGUAUAACUGAACCUCACUAAAGUUACCAACAUGUUAGUCAUUAUAAAUAAAAAAAAAGUAGCACUAUUCUGAAAACUAAAGUUACAGUUUUGUGCGCAAAAAAUCCAGGACGUGCCCUCCUCUACUGAUCGAAUUUUUUUUCGAUUCCUUGGAUUAAGUCACAGGUUUUGAGUGUUGACGUAUCUUAAUGAAGUGUAUAAAACGUGUAAAUAAUUUAGGCCACAUAGUACCUGCUAAAAGAAUGUCUCCAAAAAUUUCACUAUCUAUUUUAUACUUUUAUACUGGAAUUGUGAUGUUAAUGUAAUAAAAAUAAUCAGUUUGUACAAUGCAA